AUGAACGUAUCCUUCACCAAGAACUCGCCCCAGAACUCCACGAUCAUCGACAGCGCCACGGAAAAGCAGUUGUUUGAGCUAUCGACGCCAGCGACAACCACGACAUUGCGAGACGUCCAGUCUGGUGAGACAGUGGGGAUCGUCGAGUGGCAUAGCUUCCAUAAGAACCGAGUGACCGUUCGAGGGGAGAAGGCAGAGCUGGACGAGUGGUUACAUUCGGAGGGUUGGCUGCACAGUUCCCGAACGUUUCGGGCCUCUAACGGUAUAGAAUACAAGUGGAAGCGGUCUGACAACAAGUGGGUGCUCGUCGACGGAAACUCGGGCUUCACCGUUGUACAACAUCAUCCAGCGCAUCUGGGCAUGGUCCACAAAGCGGAGAACACGAAUCUGAAUGUGGAUCAGUCUGUGUUGGCUUUCCUGGACGUGGUGGUGUUAGCCUUCAUCAUCAUGGAGAAGAUGAAUCGAGGGACCCCACCCCCUUGA